UGCCUCAGGCCAUCUUUCUCUACGUGUACAGUCCACGCUUCGUGUCACAGAGCAUGACCAGCAAAUGAGAGUCAGUCGUUGAUGCAAAGUGUAAGGGAUGCGCAAAUGGUCAACUUUGAUUCCCAAACAUCAAGGGACUAGACAAGCGAACGAUGGAUGCUUUAAAGGACCCAGAACUAAUAAUUAUGAGCUUCUUUUCAUGCUUUCAGCCUCGCCAACUGGUGGCCCCUGACCUGUCUCAAGUGUUUAUGCCGCAUUAAAUGGCUUUGAAGCUUCUUUUCUUUUGUGGUGUAGAUUUUCAAGAAGACGAUUAGGGUACUGUAGCUGCUAUUUUUAGAUAAUUUAAGACAAACUUUGAGCCAUCUUGUAGAAGUAAACACAAGUGUUCUUGCACUCGUGAGGAAAACGAUCACAACAACGCAGACAGGAAAUCAAAAGUUAUAUUAAUCUUAUUAAACGGUCCAAGCUUCUCGAUUAGUCGAUCACAAAGCAAGUCACGUUCCUUGUACAUGAUUCGCCUUGGACAGACGUCAGAAAACAGUUAAAACAAUAGCCGUGUGCGUACGUAACUUGAUCGAAAGCGGGGCUAAAUCCACCUUUGGUCCACGUAGAUGUUUCAGUGUUACUAGUUGAAUUGCUUUCAAGAAAAACGCUGCUGUAAUAUUAAGAAUAGUGGAUAUAUAUAAUUUUUACAUGGUGCUAAUAUUAUACAUGUAUUCACAAGGGCUUUACAUCAAAUCAACGAGAUAAAUUAUUAACUAAAGCUAAACCUGAAAUGAAUAAACACUUUAAAAUAUGCCCAAAAAGGAUAAGACGGCGAGGAAAACAAAUAUCUAUUAAAACUAUAAAAUGUAAUAGCUGUGUCUGAAGACUAAACAUGCCCAGGAUUUAUUUUUUCAUCAUCAAUUAAAAACGAUCCCUAAUUUAAAACUAAAUGGUAGCCGUAAAGAAGUUCUACUGAACCUCUGAGCAGUGGUUAUUUUCACGGGACGUUUAGGGCUAUUAUCUUCGACUGAGUUUAGCUAAAACUACAAUUGCAGUACACAUAGGGUUGCCUUCUAAAAUAUAAAAAUGUGAGGAAAACUGUUUUUAUAAAGCCGGACAAAACAAACCAAAAUAAACGAUAUGUAUUCAGUUCUCCCGCGAUUAUGUUGCCAUAACAAAGAUGACAAAGGUAGCAAAAUUUAAAUACAAACUUAUCUUGUCUAUCCGUUUGUCUAUAUUUCCUAACCUUGCUAGAUCCUAAUCUAGAGACAAUUUAAUUCCUUAACCAAACAGCAGAUUCAACAUUGCAGGAAAGAAACCCCCGCUUCAGAGUCUACAAAUGAAACUGAAAACAGAUAUUAUAUUUAUUAUUUUGUUUUUUUAUAUAAAUAUUUUAACCAUAUGUACGGUGCCAAUAGCUACAAUAAAGAAGGCAGUGGUAUUUUUUCGCACCUUUGAAAGAAACGUAUCGUCGUGCCCUACAAGUAUUAGCGCUGGAGCACUACAAAACAAUUUCUUCAUCGAGCACAAUGAGCUAAAACAAAUCAAAAGCGCACUUCUCAAAGCACUUCAAUCGAUUUUAAGCAAUAACGAGUUCCAUUUACGCACGCCUGGACGCGGUAAUUGACUAUUGACCAAAUGGUGCGUCAGUGUUACACCUGUCUAUGGACUCGAAUUUUCUUUCUGUGUUUCUUUGGUUGGCAUAAUCUUUAAUUUUACAGUAGCUUAAACACUGACGGCUUUCGUAGAACAACGUCAAAAGAGACAAAAUUCAAGCCUCGCUAAUUGCCCAUUAGCAAUAUUUGCCCCGUGAAGUUAAACGGCACACAGCGUUGUUAUCAACAAUUAACUUUGAAUUUCAUUCCGUUCGCCUUUUAUUUCCAACCGUGAGAAUUCAGACGCCUGCGUGCAAAAAAUACACGGAAAAAGAUCUCCGCCGAUAUUGACAAGUACUUACGUGACACGGUGACUCAGUUCACUUACAAGGCACCGAGCUCACACAGGAGAGAACGGAUCUGGCUAAAUCUUUGCUGUUGGUUUUAGAAGCUCAGUCGCCAGAUUUGUCGCCAUGGUCUUUUCAGAAUGGCAAAGGAAUGGCUUGGUUAAAUAGAAAUUAACAAGGCACGGGAAGAAAAACUGGAAUGGCCAUCAAACGUGUCGUACAUCUUGUCUGGCUUCACAUGACUUUGCUCGUCGGAUGCCGAUUACAAGCAACGGCGGCGGCACCAGGCCAUUCAAGUAGCUGCAACGAAGAGCAUAGGAGGUGCGUCAGGGAUGCCCAAUUUCAAAAUUGUUCAGAUCCCACCUCUGCACCAACAAUCUCAAGGGAUGACCUAGCUAACAUCAGUGUCAAGGUCAAUCACACCGCAAAAUUUAAGUGUUCACAGACAAAAUAUGUAGCAAGUAUAACUGGACUCCAAUUUGACUGGAUAAAAUGGGACAACACCCCUUUGGCAGUGUCAGAACAUGACAUUGAUUUUGGAAACUUCACUGUUAUACUCACAAACUCAAAAUACACAAUGGAGCCAGGCAAGGAAGAGGAAUUAGAUUAUGUUUCUUACCUUUGGAUUCACAACGUCACACAGGAUGACAUAGGGUUGUACUCUUGUGUUGUAUGCAAUCAGUAUGGAAGAGAUUAUGGAAAUGCCUUUCUUAGUCUGAACACCACUAAAGUUUCAGUCAUUCCAACAACAACAACAAGUACCUCAACAACACAUUCUACAACAAGUAACAUGGAGCAACAGCAAAUCAAAGUUAUUAUAGGCUGCAUAGGAGCAUUUAUUGGUGUUGUUGCAGCUAUUAUAAUCUCAGUCCUUAUCUGGAAAAGAAAAGAACUCAAGCAUCAGGGAUUGCCGAGAAUUCUACAGGAAUCAAACUCACCAAUUGAAGAGCGUGACAGUGCACCUCCUCUUCCAGUGAAGUUUCAAAAUGGACACUCACUAAGAGAUUCACUUAUACCCCUAAUACACAAGAGAAACAGUAGUUACAGGUCACAGCUAUCAUCAUCAGCAUCUGGUGGAACAAUCCUGACAUUUGCAGAUGAUAUAUUUGAAGAUCCACUAGAUGAGAAAUGGGAAGUUCCUAGAGAGUCAAUUUUUAUAAAAGACUUUGCUGGAGAGGGUGCAUUUGGUUAUGUUGCUAAAGCAGAAGCUUUUGAGUUGCCAGGCAACAUUACUACACCUUGCUCUGUUGCUGUUAAGAUGUUGAAAGAAACUGCUACUGAUGCUGAAUUAUCUGAUCUGAUAUCUGAAAUGGAAACCAUGAAAGAAAUAGGAAGACACAAAAACAUUGUGAACUUUCUUGGGGCCUGCACAGUGCAAGGUCCAUUAUUUCUGAUUGUUGAGUACUGUCCACAUGGAAACUUAAGGGACUUUCUACGUGACAGUCGACCUUCUUCGUUGGAUCUUGUGGAUGAGAAGGCAGCAAGUCAAUUAACUUUUAGGGAUCUUUUAUCAAUGGCAUACCAAAUUACUAGAGGAAUGAGUUACUUAUCCUCAAAAAAGUGUAUUCAUAGAGACCUGGCAGCCAGGAAUGUUUUAAUUGCCGAGGACUUUGUAAUAAAAAUAGCAGAUUUUGGAUUAGCAAGAAAUCUUGGCAAUACAGACUAUUACAGAAGAACAACUCAUGGACGUCUUCCAGUAAAGUGGCUUGCAAUAGAGGCCUUGUUUGACCAGCAGUACACAGUAAAGACUGAUGUGUGGUCAUUCGGAAUUCUGUUGUGGGAGAUUUUCACACUUGGUGGUACACCUUAUCCUGGAAUUCCCAUGGAAAGAUUAUUUACAAUACUUAAAAAUGGAUACCGAAUGGAAUGCCCUAUAAACUGUCCCCCUAAAAUCUAUGAAAUAAUGCUGAAAUGUUGGGGUGACACCGCCAAAAUCCGUCCUUCAUUUUCUGAGCUCUGUGAACAGCUAGAUGAGAUACUUUCAACAGAAGCAGCUCAGGAAUACGUUGAGAUCUUAUCAAAGUCAGUUGACUGUCUGGCAGAUGUUGACAUGGAGUCUGACAAAACCACUGAAAGUGGAAGCAAUCCAGAACAAGCAAAAUCAAAUCUGCAGCCCAUCAACUAGGUCCUAAUCAAAUGCAUAGGGUUUGUCUUGGGAACUUCCAAACAUGAGCCAGCUAGUGUUUAAUCACACACUAAGAUCAGUCAGAGGAGGAAGUUGCCCUUCUGGGCCAGCCCACAAGCAAAAGACCAGCACUGAUAUAGCAUCAGUCCAGAGAGUAUGUUUGGAAGACUCUUUGGGUUGAUUUUCCUGUACAACACAAAUUACAUGUAUCAACUCAAGUCAACAUACAUGUAUUUAUCCACCAAAGGGAUGGACAAAAGAACCAAUUUAUCCAGGUGUGCAACCAUAUUAAGAAGCCUCCCUUAACAAAUGUCACCAACUCAUACUGAAGCAAUGUGUAGUGCCUUAAAUUAACUUCAGUUUAAACUAAAGGAACCUAAAGCUCGCCCAAAUUAUCAAUGUCUCAUU